CUUUACGCUUGCGUCGAAGUCUCAGCCAUUUGGACCGUCGAUGGUCGACGAUCUAAGGGUCCAAAUUUGAAUGGAGGAGCGCUAACAAUCCGCGUGUGGCAUCCGCGGACCAAUCAGCUUUCAGCAUUCUCCCUCUUCUUUCCGCUAUUUAAACGCACUCCCCGUCCGCCGCUUCUCAUCUCGUUGCAGACCCUUUCUCCGCUCUAUUUUCACCUCGUCGAGUUCGCGAAACCCUAGCGAUGGCGUCCGAGAAGCCCGUCGUCGACUCCGCUCAGGCGGGUGCCAAACCAGCGAAGACGAAGAAGGUGAAAAUCACCACAGCGCCUAAAGCCAAGAAGCCUGCCGCGCACCCUCCCUAUGCUGAGAUGAUCAAGGAAGCCAUUUCGGUCCUCAAGGAGAGGAGCGGAUCGAGCCUGCACGCAAUCGGGAAGUUCAUCGAGGACAAGCACAAGGCACACCUCCCGUCCAACUUCCGCAAGAUGGUCCUCCUCCAACUCAAGAGGCUCGCCGCUGCCGGGAAGCUCACCAAGGUGAAGGGGUCCUACAAGCUCUCAACCGUGUCCGCUCCGAUGAAGACCAGGCCCGCGGCCGCCCCAAAGAAGCCGGUCAUCGCUCCGGCCAAACCCAAGUCUAAAUCGAAGCCUGCCGUCGUCGCCAAGCCCAAGGCGAAGACGGCCGCCGUGAAGCCUAAGGUGGCGGCGAAGCGCAAGUCCCCCGCGAAGCCGAAUCUCAAGUCGGCGGCACGGCCCGCAAAGGCCGCUGCGAAGCAUGCCCCCGGGAGGGUGGCGGCGGCUUCAACGAAGCCCGGCAACGCGAAGGCGCCGAAGGCCGUUAACUCGGCGGUCAAGAAACCGACCGCCAAGAAGGCGAAGAAGUAGAUAUCAAUCUGUAUAUAUUCUCAUAAUUUUAUGGGGUUUCUUCAAAUCAAAUUAUCCUGCAAUGAUUGGGUAGUUAAUAGAGGGUGAAGUGGUGGAUGUCACUUUGACAACUUCUUUAAUAUCAGUCCCGUAACCUAUUGAUUGCUUCUUUAGAAAAAUAAGAAUGAUCAUGCAGCCACCGAAUCUUCUAUA